AUGGGCAGAAGACCCGACGCGCGCCGGCGGGUCCAGGCGGAGCGGCUCCCGGAUCCGACCCGCGCCCCGUGGAGCGUGGAGAUGGAGGUGCUGGAGGGAGACGGGCUGGACAAGCUGGAGGACAUGUCCUCGGGAUACGACUUCGACCCCAUCACCGGGAACAUCCCCGCCACCAAGGUGGAGCUCACCGUGUCCUGCAGAGAUCUUCUAGAUAAAGACACGUUCUCCAAGUCAGAUCCAUUGUGUGUGCUCUACACACAAGGUGUGGAAACCAAACAGUGGAGAGAGUUUGGCCGGACGGAGGUGAUAGACAACACCCUGAACCCAGACUUUGUUCGGAAGUACAUCCUGGACUAUUUCUUUGAGGAGAAGCAGAACCUCCGCUUCGACUUCUACGACGUCGACUCCAAGAGUCCCGACCUCACCAAGCACGACUUUUUGGGUCAGACGUUCUGCACCCUGGGAGAGAUCGUUGGGUCACCAGCCAGCCGACUGGAGAAACCCCUGGGAGGGAUUCAGGGGAAGAAUUGUGGCAGCGUGGUUCUGUCGGCGGAGGAGCUGAGCAACUGUCGGGGCAGCGCCACCAUGCAGUUCUGCGCCAACAAGCUGGACAAGAAGGAUUUCUUCGGCAAGUCGGACCCGUUCAUGGUUUUCUACCGGAGCAACGAGGACGGCACCUUCACCAUCUGCCACAAAACUGAAGUGGUGAAGAACACGCUGAACCCCGUGUGGCAGACGUUCCCCCUGCCGGUGAGGGCGCUGUGCAACGGGGACUUUGACAGGCCCAUCAAGGUGGAGGUCUACGACUGGGACCGGGACGGCAGUCACGACUUCAUUGGGGAUUUCACCACCAGCUACCGGGAGCUUGCUCGAGGGCAGAGUCAGUUCAACGUGUACGAGGUGAUUAAUAACAAGAAGAAGAUGAAGAAGAAGAAGUACAACAACUCUGGGACGGUCACCUUGCUCUCCUUCUCAGUGGAGUCUGAGUUCACCUUCUUAGAUUACAUCAAAGGAGGGACUCAGAUCAAUUUCACCGUGGCCAUCGACUUCACGGCCUCUAACGGCAACCCGUCCCAGUCCACGUCGCUGCACUACAUGAACCCGUACCAGCUGAACGCCUACGCCAUGGCGCUGAAGGCCGUGGGCGAGAUCAUCCAGGACUACGACAGCGACAAGAUGUUCCCCGCCCUGGGCUUCGGAGCCAAGCUGCCCCCCGACGGCCGGGUGUCCCACGAGUUCCCCCUGAACGGGAACCUGGAGAACCCGUACUGCAACGGCAUCGAGGGGAUCCUGGAGGCGUACCACCAGAGCCUGAAGACCGUGCAGCUGUACGGGCCCACCAACUUCGCCCCCGUGGUCAACCAUGUGGCCAGGUAUGCAGCUGCGGUGCAGGACGGCUCUCAGUAUUUUGUGCUCCUCAUCAUCACAGACGGUGUCAUUUCCGACAUGGCGCAGACCAAAGAGGCCAUCGUCAACGGGGCCAAGCUCCCCAUGUCCAUCAUCAUCGUGGGAGUGGGCCAGGCCGAGUUUGAUGCCAUGGUGGAGCUGGAUGGUGAUGACAUCAGAAUCUCAUCGAGAGGGAAACCGGCAGAGAGAGACAUCGUUCAGUUCGUGCCCUUCAGGGACUACAUGGACCGGACGGGGAACCACGUGCUGAGCAUGGCCCGGCUGGCCAAAGACGUUCUGGCCGAGAUCCCGGACCAGUUCAUCUCGUCCAUGAAGAGCCGCGGCAUCCAGCCCAACCCGGCGCCGCCGGCCUACACGCCGCCCGGACACACGCAGAUCUGACCCCCCCUCCUGCUCUGGGCCAACAGGAAGUGGCGUUGAGUUCAGGGACUAUCGGAGUUGGGGUUCCUCUCUCUGUGGUGUGUGUGUGGAUGAUUCCUCUUGAGGCUCAACCUGAGGCCCGUGUCCUGGCAGCGGACCCCCGGAGGUCCCGUUGCGGUCCGUCUGACCCGGAUCCUCCUGGAGUCUCUUUUUGUAUUUGGGGUUAUCUCCGUGUCUAAAGCGGUGAUGGAGGAGCACCCUGGGGUGCUGACCACAUGAACCUCCGUGCCUCGGUAUAUGUAGAGCAGGGGUGCUCACACUUUUUCAGCAUGCGAGCUACUUAUUAUGUG